AUGACCUCGCCUACAAGCCCUACCAGACCGGUGCCGAUGCGCGCCCGCAUGGCGGCAUAUGUCGCGUCGCUGCAGGACUCGAUCGUGAACGCGCUGGAGGCUCUGGAUCCGAAUGCGCCCAAAUUUAAGCGUGACGAGUGGGAACGCCCGGAGGGUGGCUACGGAAUUUCCUGUGCUUUCUCUGUCCCUCCAGCGCCUGAGCACUUCGCCUCGUCCGAAGCAGGGCCGUCUGCCGCGCCCAACACUGUGCUCGAGAAGGCGGGCGUGAAUAUCUCUGUCAUCCAUGGCAAGCUGCCCCCAGCGGCGGUCAAGCAGAUGCGCGCCGAGCAUUCAUCACUUCCCGUAUCCGACCAGCCUCUUCCGUUCUACGCCGCCGGCAUCUCGCUGAUCGUACACCCCCGCAACCCGCACGCGCCGACAGUGCACGCAAACUUCCGCUACUUCGAGGUCAAUCCGCCCAGCGCGGCGCUCGAAGACUCGCCCGAAGUACUCGCCUGGUGGUUCGGAGGAGGAUCCGACCUCACACCUACCUACUUGUACGAGGAGGACGCGGUCCACUUCCACAAGACGAUCAAGGAUGCCUGCGCUCCUCACGGCACGGCGCUGUAUCCUGCUCUCAAGAAGUGGUGCGACGAGUACUUCUACCUCUCCCACCGGAGUGAGGCACGCGGUAUCGGCGGAUUCUUCUACGACGACUUUUGCGCCGACCCGCAUAAGCGAAUCAUCGCGAGCGAAGGCGACACCGCUGCUCGCCCGUGGACACAGGAGUCUAUCUUCGCUUUCGUGCGCGACGUAGGAGACGCCUUCAUUCCAGGGUACUUGCCCAUUCUCAAGCGUCGCCUUUCCAUCCCAUACACGCCCGAACAACGUCGCUGGCAACUCGUUCGCCGCGGACGUUACGUGGAGUUCAAUCUCGUACACGAUCGCGGCACCAAGUUCGGCCUCAUGACCCCUGGCGCGCGCAUCGAGAGUAUCCUCAUCUCGCUUCCCGAGACUGUGCGUUGGGAGUACAUGACGGAGAUGGGUACGGACCCUGAGAGUGAAGAGGCCAAACUUAUCGCUGUUCUCAAAAGCCCAAGGGAGUGGGUAUAA